AUGGAGCCUGUGGUGAGAGUGAAAAAGUCGCUGAGGAAGCCCAUCAGGAAGCUGACCAGCUGCGUGUCGGGGAUGAGGGAACGGAAGUUGUGCGCCAAACCCAGGAAUAAAUGGGUCAGAGGUCGGGGAGGCAGAGGAGGAUGCAAGAGAUUUGGGAGGACUCCUCCACUCCGAACUGCACAUCCCAAAGACCCGUCAGUCAUUCGCUCGUACCAGGCAGACCUGGAGAAGGAGAGGCAACAGCGGGAAGCGAUGAACGCGCAGAAGAAUGCUCAGAGAGCAACUAUGAGAGCUCAGUUCAGGAGAAAAUACCAUCUGUCUGAGAACCCGAAGGACACAAACCACCUGAGGUCUUUUGGCGGGAAGUUGUCGCUCCCCCACGAGCUGUCGAAGAUCAUUCAUCCUGAAGCCAAAACCAAGGACGACGGCUUCGACCUGCUGAGCGCCUUUCAAGGCCUGACCUUCGGCACAGUGGUGCUCACAGGGAGGAAACACAGCAAGACGCUCACUCCUAAACCAGCAAGUAGGGACUCUUGUAAAGUCAUGUGAUCAAUAUGUGAUCACAGGGACAAUUGGUCCACCGGCUUCUGACUGUGUUGUUUCAGGGAAGCAGCAGGGGAAACAGACUCAUACAUGACUGUUGCUCAAACACAAACUGUGCUUUUAGAUCUCACAUCAACAGUCGUGCACACAUUCAGUCUGGUCGUGCCUGCUGGCUCUGUGAAACCAUGUUGUUCAGACUUUCCUUUGAUGCUUAUUGUUGUCUUUUAUGUAGCAAUAAUAAUAUGUAACUGCCAGGCAACUUGAUUUUUCCUAUAAAACAUUUAAUUAUGUUAAAAAAGUUGAUGCUUCCUGUUAAUUAUGAUCGCUGCAUAACAUUAAUUCACCGGUCAGUGAGAGUUACUGCACAAGUGAUGUAGUACAGUGAAACUUCACUGUAAGUCGUCCUGUUUUAGUUUACAGUAUAAACAUUCAAUAAAUAGUUUAGACAGUGAAUCACAAUGUGGUAAAAUACAGUUCAUUAAUAAAUAAAUGCGUACACCUACAUCCUAGUGUGUACUGCUUAUAAAUGCUCUAUAGUGGGGCUUAAAGUAUUAUUGGUGAGGUUAUUUUUUUUUAACACUGUCUGAUACUGUAAUAAUGUAAAACACUGCAUUACCCACGAGAGGUAUUGCAUUGUGGGCCAAUAUGUAACACGUCCUACAGCUUUAUUGGUAACAGUGAUUAUGAGGUUUUAACAUGAUCUUUUAAAGGUUUGAUCAUAUUUUCACCCAAUUUAGAAUAUCGUUUCUUUUAUUAGCCUUAUACUAAGUUAUUAUUUUAUCAUAAUGUUAUUUAUCACAUAAUCAGAUGUUACAAGCUGAACAGUGAAAAUCUUGUCAUGGUGAUUGGUGGUAGUUGUUAAAUGAUAGAUGCUACUGUAGCUAGUUUCUACUUACAGGGCUGUUGCAGCUCUCUAAAUGAUAUCGAUCCAACUGGGAUCUAUACACAAGUAAGGAACCUCAGGGGAACACGUUCACAUUUCAACACACACUGACACAAGUCAUGAAGUAGAUUUUAUGUACUCAUUUUGUAUUAAUGAUUAAGAUUGAGAAAAUUGUUGAAGAAAAUGUUUGUUGUUUCUUUGUAAAUACUCUCAGACCUGUAUCACAUUUAUUUGUGUGAGCCAAACUGUAUCUGUAUUGUGUACGAGCCAAAUUUUAAGAAAUUAGUUUCUUGUAAUGACGACUUUGUUUGCACUGAGCUGCUUUGUAAGUAGUCUAAUGCUGCCUAGUGAAAGGAUUUUAUACAACAUGAAGCAGAAUCCAAAGAUUCCCCAGAACAAACCAACACGUAGA